GGGCCGGGGUGCACCUGUGGGGCCGGGGCAGCGAGUUCAAGCCCCCUUGGGUUCUGUUUAUAGCCAGGUAGGACUCGAGUCUGAGGGUUAGAUAGAUCCAAGAGGGGAGCGGACUUGAUCGGCUUCUGUCCUUAGCCCGGGAUGCGGUGACGCCCCUGAACGACCAUGGCAGCGGCGGAAGAGCUGGCCUUCCACGAUUUCGAGGAAGCCACUAACCUUCUGGCUGAGACCCCAGAUGCAGUCACCACCAGCAGAAGUGAUCAGCUGACCUCCCAGGGACAUGUGGCAGUGGCAAUGGGCUCAGGUGGCAGCUAUGGAGCAGAGAAUGAGGUGGAGGAGGAGAGUGACAAGACCGCGCUCCUGCAGGAGGAGAAACAGCAGCCCGGAUUCUGGACCUUCAGCUACUACCAGAGCUUCUUUGAUGUGGACACUGCACAGGUCCUGGACCGGAUCAGAGGCUCCCUGCUGCCCCGUCCUGGUCAUAACUUUGUCCGGCACCACCUGCGGAACCGGCCGGAUCUGUACGGCCCCUUCUGGAUCUGUGCCACGCUGGCUUUUGUCCUGGCUGUCACCAGCAACCUGACCCUGGUGCUGGCCCAGAGGCGGGGCCCCCCCAUCCGCUACAGCCCCCAGUUCCACAAGGUGACCGUGGCCGGCGUCACCAUCUACUGCUACGCCUGGCUGGUGCCGCUGGCGCUGUGGGGCUUCCUGCGGUGGCGCCAGGGCAUCCGGGAGCGCAUGGGGCCCUACACCUUCCUGGAGACCGUGUGCGUCUACGGCUACUCCCUCUGCUUCUUCAUCCCCACCGUGGUCCUGUGGCUCAUCCCGGUGCCGUGGCUGCAGUGGCUCCUGGGGACGCUGGCCCUAGCCCUGUCGGCGGCCGGGCUGGUGUUCACGCUGUGGCCCGUGGUCCGGGAGGACACGAUGUGUGGGCGGGGCCUGGCCCCAGGCCUGCUGCUGACCCAGGGGUCUCCGCAGUUGUACUUCUUCCAGCCGCUACCUCUGGAACACGUGGCACCUGCACCCCUGGCUGCAUCCCUGCCCCCCACUCUGGCGCCAACCCCAAUCAUGCCAAAGGUGCCAGCAGUCUCCUAGAAGGGCCCCAGCCGGAGGUGGAGGCAGAACGGAAGGGGACACCUCUGCCUGUCCUGCCCCCCAGGACUGAAGGCUCCCUGACGUCUCAAGAUCACUCUGCUACUUGCCAGACUUUUCUUACAACGCAAACACUUUUCUUUUCUAUG